CAGAGAGAUAAAGCGGUGCAGAAAGGAGCGUGAGCUCCCCAUGUCCCCACCGCAGGUCGCCUUGCUGCUGCCUGUCCCUGCGGAGGGUGGCUCUGCCUGUCCCGCUGAUAACGCCUGGGGUGAAGGGGAAAGGGGAGGCUGAUAAACAAGCAGUCCCAGGGACAAACAUGGCAUCAACAAAGGCAUACUCGCAGCAACUCAUUUUGUCCAAGUCCCUGAAGAUGUUGCUCUUCAUCUUGCUUUCGCUCGUCAAUUUCAACCCAUCUCUGAGCCUAAAAAUCUGCUCCUUCAAUGUAAGGUCUUUUGGAGAAACUAAAAUAGCCAGACCUGAAGUCGUCGAUGCUGUGGUAAAGAUCAUUUCUCGCUGUGACAUCAUGUUGCUGAUGGAAAUAAAGGAGAACAAGAACCGGGUUUGUCCUCUCCUGGUGGAGAAGCUCACCAGUCAGCUGAAGGGGCCGAAGGAGGAAUACAGCUGCGUGAUCAGCGAGAGGCUGGGAAGGAAGAGCUACAAGGAGCAGUACGCCUUCCUCUACAGGCAACAUCUGAUAUCGGUGAAACAAACCUACCAGUACCCUGACACCCAGCCUGGGGACGAGGAUGCCUUCUCCAGAGAGCCCUUCAUCAUCUGGUUCCAGUCACCAAAAACCGCUGUCAAAGAGUUUGCUAUAAUCCCUCUGCACACCACACCGGAGACAGCAGUACGGGAGAUUGAUGAGCUCUAUGAUGUGUAUUUAGACGUAAAACAGCACUGGAAAACCGAGAACUUCAUCUUCUUGGGGGACUUUAAUGCUGGAUGUAGCUACGUUCCCCAAAAGCAGUGGAAGAACAUCCGGCUGAGGACUUACUCUGAAUUCGUCUGGCUAAUCGGUGACAAAAAUGACACUACGGUGAAGAUAAGCACAAGUUGCCCGUAUGACAGGAUCGUGGUCAGCGGGCAGAAGCUCAUCCAGGCCAUCAUGCCACACUCUGUCAACAUCUUUGAUUUCCAGAAGGACUUUCAGAUGACUGAGGAGCAGGCGCUGGGGGUGAGUGACCACUUCCCAGUAGAGUUUGAGUUAAAACCAAAAGGUGGUUUCUUCAACUGGCUGAAAUCGCAGUUUUCAAAGAAGAGGAGACCAAGAAAGAGCCGCCACUCAAGGUCAUGAGCAUGCUGAGUCAUGGCGUGGAAAUGCACGGAUGCCGAUAGAUCUUGUAGAAGACUAGUGUAGAUAUACUCACAGCAAGUGCAAUAUUUAGUGGAAAAAAAACGAUUAUUUGUUAAAGUUCAAGUAUUUUGGGUAAGAAGGCAAAUUUUACCUUCAGGUUAUCUUCCUCAUUGUAUGCAAAAAUAAAUCAGCUAGAAGCACCGUACUAUACUUACUGCACUGAUCACAAAUGUAAGGAGCUACUGCAAGGGUAAAAUACUUGUGCGUGCUUUAUCUGUAACACCUGAAGGGCAGGGAUCUCCACGCAUUCCUGUGGGCUCUGGACUUCUGCCAUUCCUCUGCAGGGGCAGAAGGAUUAAAAGGACCUUUCUGCA